CUCCUUUCUCAACCCUCAUUUCACUUCAAUCGAUCUCGCUUACUCUCUACCAUCAUCCAAUUUCGCCGUUUCUGAUUUUCCAACAUCUGCAAUUCAGAGGAUGUCUGAGGAACCAUUUAGGCCGAGAGCAAAGCUCAUUGAGAAGCAAAAACUUUUCCAGAGCAUUCACAAAUACAUCCAUUUGAAGCAGCCGAUGGAUAAGCUCACAUCGGUUGCCAUUCCUAUGGCUUUGGCUGGCACCUCCUUGUUUCUUAUUGGAAGAGGGAUCUAUAACAUGUCUCAUGGGAUCGGAAAGAAGGAAUGAGGAAAUACCUUCUUUUCAGUGAGGAUCCUGAUGGAAGUUCUUUUUUUUUUUUUAUUUUUCUUUUUGCAAGUUUUUGGUCUAGAAACAUUGUUCUUGAUCACUGAGCUCUGCAUUCCUCCAUUCUAAUAAUUUCUGAAUGCAGACCAUUUGACUAUUGAAUGUACCUUCUUCUGCCAUGGUGGAUAUCAUUCCAUUUCAGUUUUUGCUUGUUUUGACAGAGAGGAUCGAAAGUUCAAGAAUAUUAAAUUUCAGUA